AUGAGGAAUCAGACAAUUCUGAAUGAAUUAUUCCUCUCUGGACUGUCCGAUAUUCCGGCUCUUCAGAUCCCUCUCUUCCUCUUCUUCCUUCUCAUCUACCUUCUGACAAUAACAUGGAAUUUGCUGAUCAUCUCCCUCAUAGUCACUGACUCUCACCUCCAUACCCCUAUGUAUUUCUUCCUCGGGAACCUGGCUGGUUUGGACCUCUGUUGUUCCUCAGUCAUCAUCCCACGAAUGUUAUUUGACCUUCACACCCAGAGCAGAAAGAUUACCAUAGCAGCUUGUAUAUCCCAAGUCUUCUUCUUUAUAUUUUUUGCCCCCUCUGAGAUUUUUCUGUUGGCUGUCAUGUCCUAUGAUCGAUAUACAGCGAUUUGUCAGCCAUUACAUUACAUACGGAUCAUGAGUUGGAAAGUGUGUGUACGCUUGGUGUUCGUUGUGUGGUGUCUCAGUUUUGUCUAUUCUUUAGUCCACACACUUUAUGUCUCUAAAUUAACAUUUUGUGAAUCAGAUAUUAUAGAAAGUUUCUUCUGUGAUCUUCCUCAGUUGUUUCAGAUCUCCUGCAGUGACAUCUACAUCAACAUUCAGCUCAUCUUUUUCUUGGGUGGCUUUGUUGCAGUUGGGUGCCUACUAACGACCUUCCUGCCCUAUGUCUAUAUAUUCAGAACUGUCCUAAAUAUAAAAGUUAAGGGCAAAAGAAGUAAAGUUUUCUCUACGUGUACCUCUCAUCUCACAAUAGUGUUUAUAUUUUAUGGCUCUUGUCUCUUUAAUUAUUUUCUGCCAAAUGCUCGUCAUCAGUUUGCCGUUCACAAAGUGGUGUCCAUGUUUUACAGCGUGAUACUUCCUCUCCUCAACCCCCUGAUUUACAGUCUGAGGAACCAGGAUUUCAGAGCAGCAUUUCAAAAUGUUUUAAGGAACACCAUCCCCAAUGCAAUAUAG